CUGUACUGGACCCCUGUGCCCGUCCCGUCGGCUCUGCGCUUCCUGUUCCCCAAGUUCCACGGCGACCCGAUCCUGCUCCAGUUUGCCCUGCGCGUCCUCGAGCACCACCCCGUGUCGGUCACCUUCUUCUACGUCCCGCAAGUCGUCCAGGCGCUCCGGUCGGACGAGCUCGGUUACGCCGAGCGCUUCAUCUUCGAGACGUCCAAGAUCUCGCAGCUCUUCUGCCACCAGAUCAUCUGGAACAUGAAGGCCAACAAGUACCGCGGCGACGACGCCGAGGAGCCCGAUCCGAUGAAGCCAGAGCUCGACCGCCUAGUCGAUAUGAUCGUCGAGUCGCUGUCGGGCGACGCGCAGGACUUUUACAACCGCGAGUUCAGCUUCUUUGACGAGGUCACGUCCAUCUCGGGCAAGCUCAAGCCGUUCAUCAAGGCGUCCAAGCCCGAGAAGAAGGCCAAGAUUGACGAGGAGAUGGCCAAGAUCAAGGUCGACCCGGGCGUGUACCUCCCGAGUAACCCGGACGGCGUCGUCGUCGACAUCAAGCGCAAGUCGGGCCGGCCCCUGCAGAGCCACGCCAAGGCGCCGUUCAUGGCGACGUUCAAGGUGCGGCGCGAGCGCAACAAGCACAACGCGGCGACGGGCGGCCGCGAGGAGUACGACACGUGGCAGAGCGCCAUCUUCAAAGUCGGCGACGACUGUCGCCAGGACGUGCUCGCGCUCCAGAUCAUCGCCAUGCACAAGAACAUCUUCAACUCGCUCGGGCUCGACCUGCUCGUCACGCCGUACCGAGUCACCGCCACCGGUCCCGGGUGCGGCGUGAUCGACGUGAUCCCGAACGCGACCUCGCGCGACGAGAUGGGCCGGGCCAAGAUCAACGACCUGCAGUCGUUCUUUGUCAUGAAGUACGGCCCGCUCGACUCGCCCGAGUUCCAGAAGGCGCGCGGCAACUUUGUCCAGUCGAUGGCGGCCUACUCGCUCCUGUGCUACAUCGUCCAGAUCAAGGACCGGCACAACGGCAACAUCAUGAUCGACGGCCGAGGGUGCAUCACCCACAUCGACUUUGGGUUCCUGUUCGACAUUGGGCCCGGCGGCGUCAAGUUUGAGCCCAACUCGUUCAAGCUGUCGCACGAGAUGGUCGUCCUCAUGGGCGGCAAGGACUCUGUCGGGUUCCGCCAGUUCCGCGAGCUCACGGUCAAGGCGUUCCUCGCCGCGCGCCCGUACGCGCACAGCAUCGUCGACACGGCGGCCCUCAUGCUCGCGGCCGAGUUCCCGUCGUUCAAGGGCGAGGGCACGCUCGAGCGCCUCAAGCUCCGGUUCCGCCUCGACCUGAGCGAGAAAAAGGCGGCCGAGUUCAUGAUGGCCAUCAUCGACAACGCGUGCGAGAACAAGCGCAGCAUCGUGUACGACGAGUUCCAGCGCAUGACCAACGGUGCGUCCCCUCCUCUCUCCUCCUCUCCUCGCACGGUCCUCGCACGGUCCUCCCUGUGCAGCUCACUGACGAUCCUCGCUCUCUUUCUCGCAGGCAUCCCGUACGUCCGGUAG